AUGGAGCCACUGAGAAUAUUUGAAAAGUUCAAGUUAGACAACUUGGACAAAUCUUGGACCGAAUCAGUCUGGAACAAUCAAUUUAUCCUCAUUAACAAAAUACCUGGUGACUAUGCAUUAUUCGCCGAGAGUGAAGACAUGGAGAUCCUGCUCAAAGACACGAGUAUAGUUUUAAAAACCUGGAUUGACACAAAUAAAAACGAGAGCUCCAACAGUGACCAGUCAGAGGUGUCCUGGCAAACGCUGUGUGCUCUGACCGUCGACCCGAGAGCGCUUUUGGCCCUCUUGGGGUACUUAAUAAAAACCGGGCAGGGUAUGGACGCCGAUGAGGACUCCCGACAAGCUUGUCUUCACGCUACCAGUCUCUACUUAACCCUCCUAGCGAUUCCAGGCAGCAGCGCGUACCAGAUCUUCCACGAGAACUUGUACUACAGCGUGGUGAAAUCUUUGGAGCUGUCCCAGCACCUGAUGCCAGUAGUAAAAAAAUCAGUGAAGAACCUGGACCUCGAGAGUCUCUACAUCCAAGACGAGGAACCAUCCCGCUUGCUCCAAACCGAGAAGAUAACCCUCACCAAGAGCCUGAACGUCAUAAUGUACAACAUGAUUCUGAUGCUGAACUCCUGGCACAUGCGCGACUACGUUCGCUCCCUGGAGCAGACAGUUGACUCCCUGAUCGAGGUAACUAAGCUUGGAACCGAGGUAAGUGAUUUCAAAUCACCUAAAAAGGUAUCCGAAGGCUCCGUGGUCUCUUUAGUUCACAACGCCUACGCAGCGCUUGGACAGUUGUGUGAUCCUCGUCACGGACAUGUUGAAGUGACUAUCAAGCUGAUCGCCAAGAACAUCCUGCCUCACAUGCUGUACAAUUACACGAGGAUACCACUGAGGUCGCUGACUGUCGUUCGGGAUACGGCGAUAUACUUUCUCAAGACUCUUCUCUUGAAGCACCAGAAGAAUGCAGAGACUGGUGUGAUGAUAUUGAUCCAGCAUCUGAUGGUGAAUUGUCCAGAGAGACUGGAGACGAGACAGAAGCAAGCGAGUGUUAUUGUCAAGCUGAUAAACAUCUGCUGUAACACCUUCUAUGCUAAGAUGAUUAAAGACCUUGUUCUGUUUGCGCAUAAUAAUAAAAUUCCUUGCAGGAUAUUUGCCCAAGAAAUCAUCGGGAGGUUUUUGUUGGACCCGAUGAAAGAUGAACAAAAUUCUGAACGAGCUGCUGCGACUAGCAAAUACAAGUGUAUUUUAUUCGGCACUGUUCUAAGUCGCUGUACGGAUGUGUCAAGCAUGGUUCGUGGAAGAGCAAUGGCCACCCUGGUGGAGUACACAAACACCAGCAACAAUCCGUUUGUUAUUAAUCUGUUCAGUUUUUCAGAUCUAUCACAACGCCAGUUACCGACACUGGAAACUCUGCUGGAAGGAUUCGAUUCUGAUACAGUUGAUAGUCUGCUUCCAGAUGUCAAUAAUUUUAUUUCGAUGCUGAAGACUCGAGCGGAAGAUGAACGCGCUUUAGUGCGUCGCAGUUCGAUGCAGAUAUUCCAGAAUGCAGUGCUGAAUUCUCCAGAUCUGCUGGACACUGUUGUACCGGUUGUCAGCGAGCACUGUCGCGAUCCAGCGAUGAUUGUAAGGAAGUUCGCGAUUCAGGUGCUCACGACUUUAUUGGAGUCUUAUCCUAAUCACGAGACUCUCUACAAAGUCUGGGUUAAGGCUGUGGUGCCUCAGGUUUUUGAUAUUGAAGUUAAAGUCCAGGAAAAGGUGCUCGAGACUAUGGAGGCGUUGAUAAUUGAGCGCGUUGAUAAAUUAAAGAAAAAUGAUAGCCUGCCUUGGAAAAUUAUUGAUGAAUUGACGGUGAUGAAAAUGCGAAAGCAUUUGACUCGCGCUUGCGAUGCUUGGCUGCACAGUGAAAUCAUUACUAAUUCAACAAUAAGAAAAAUUCAGUCUUAUAUUAAUACUGAGCACAACAUAGCUGCCUGGACACUUUUAUCCGCAAUUGCUGAAAAUGAAACGAUUCCUGGAAUGCGUGAGUAUUUUGAAAACUACCAAGAAAUUUUAAAAGGUCAAGGUUUCUUUGAGUUUUUAGCAAUGGAGGUGUUGCGCUGUUGCUGGCCGACUUUUGAUAGUAAUUUUCUAGAAAAAUUGUCUGAAAAUAUCUAUCAGUCACUAAAAAAAGCGACGAUUAAUCCGGUGUUAAUAAGCAUUUCAAUGGACAUACUAUACGGUAUUCUCAAGCAUUUAAAUUCAGGUGACUCUCAAAUAGAGUCUAAAAUGACUGAUCUGAUGCAGUCCUCGGAGAAGAUAAUCGAGCUGAUAAUGAACCAAGAUAUCAAGCAUACCCCGGUUGACGUUAAUAACUACACCAAAGCUAUUUGUACUCUAGGACAUGCGUCGCUGUUUAGUACCAACGCAAUUCGGUUGAAUUGUAUUAGAACUCUGCAGGGUAUGCUUAUUGAGUGGGAAAGAAUGCCUUUGUCUCUGCAAAACGCCCGAGAACUUCAAGCAACAGCAAUAGUAGCCUUGGGACAGCAGGCAAUGAGAGAAGAAAAAAUCGCCCAUGAAAUGAUGCCGAUAUUUGGUCAACUGCUCAGCGCUGGUGUGAAUUCUAAUGCUCGAAUUAAUCAACGUGAUGCUGAUGCAGACGCUGCAGUUCGGGUGAAUGCUGCUAAGGCGCUUGCUGAUGUUUGUACUAGGUUUACGGCUCUUGUUGAGCCGUACUUGCCUGACAUGUGUGUCAGUAUGAAAGGCGAUAAUAAAACAGUAAGAGAAGCUAUUGUAGUUAUUUUUAUCCAGUUACUUGUUGAGGAUUAUAUCAAGGUAAAAGGUUCAUUUUUCUUUCACAUUCUCACCAUGCUAUCCGAUCCCGAUGACACGAUACGUGAGAUGACGGUGUUUCUUAUCAAAGAAAGAUUGCUGGUUAAAAAUAAAACUCUGAUAUCCCAGCAAUUUUUAGAGGGUAUUUUCCACUACAAUGAUUAUGAGCUUGAUGAAAAGUACCUGGAGAGAAAAAUGGGUUCUGCUGAGAGGAAAGCGCUAACCUUGGCCGGUAAUAUUAAUGCCAGCAAACGGAGGAUUAUUUAUGAUUUUAUGCUGGAGCAUCUUGACCUACCAGGAAAGCUCAAGUUGUUGAUCAGGUUGACUACCCAAGUGCUUCAUCGCGCGUUGAGCGAUAAAAUAAAUGCCAAUGAUGAAAAAGGUCGGUGUGUUUUGCAAGACACGUUUUAUAUUAUUGCCAGCGACCAGUUGCAGCCGUCAUCGUGUACCAGUAAGCACAAUGAUGAUGAUGCUGAUGAUAGUACAGUGACUAGUUCUAGCAAUACGGGGGCCAGUCAUGCUGGUAAUGUUAUUGCGGAUGGUAUUAAAAAACAUGGCUUGAAUCAUUUGCUACCGACGAUGAUAAAGCUGAAGAUUAAAUUGAAGAAGUUGAACGGUAAAUCUAAACUGGUGGAGGAUAUCUCCAAGUCUAUUGCUAGGAUUGGCACUGAGUUCAAUAAAGAACAGUUGUCGAGUCUGUACAAUGAGUGGCCGGAGAUUGAAAAAGAAAUGGAGUUUGACAUACGGAGGUACGGUAAGAAAGGAGUUGAUGAAUCAGCUGAGCAGGAAUUUACUUCUCAAGCCGGAGAGGCUGUUCAUCCGUUGUUGGAUAACAACCGGAUUCCAAGGAUUGUUAUCGAGAAGUUGACGAGUCUCAGUUGCAAUGAUGAAGAGACCGAGAAUUUGAUUUGUGAUGAAGCGGUUGAGGCAAGAAAGAAUAAAAAUACUAGCGUGGUGGCUAUUACUAAUUUGGAGGCCAUGAGUAAAGUGAGUAGUCCGAAGAAACGGGACAAUAAGUAUCGACGGAUUUGA